GCAGACAAGACCUAGGCUUCGAUUUUGAUUUGUGCCAAACUUCUGACUAAAUAAGGUUGUCCGAAUUCAUCAUUUCAUUAUAAGUUCUUCAAUUUCUUAUUUCCAUUUCUCCAAAAUCAUUUCAGAUUUGGCUUAGUUUUAACAACACAGCGGAGCAAGGAAGGAACUAGCCAUGGUUACUGUGACAGCUAUGGUAUCUUCUUCCGCAACGGGUCAACCCUGUUGCUCCUGGACAAGUGGCUCCAUUACCAUUUCAAACUCCACCCCAUCACUCUCUUUCAAAGCCAAAGCCAGAACCAGAACCAGAACAAGAACAAGGACAAGGCUAACAUGGCUGAAUCCUCAACCUUGUGCUGCUUUGGCUGAGGCAACACCUCCAAGUUUAACUCCUUCACCAGCUGUGUCCAAAGAUGGGUCCUUCAAGGUACUUGCGCGUCCAGGGGACCGUGCUGAUGAUCUUCAAGCUGAGACCAGAGCCAUGGCUCGUGCUGCCAAUGCUUCUGUCUACACCCCUCAACUUGUUGCCUCCAAAUACGGUUCUCAACCCUUCAGGGUGGUGAGAAGGGCCCUUCAGGUUCUGAGUGCUUUGGGUUUUUUUGGGUUGAAGCUGUUGUUGGACCAAAGCAAUGGAGUGGUUGAUCAGAAUAAAAGGAUUCGCGCAAUUGAGCUUAGGAAGACAUUCACAAGGCUGGGACCAACUUUUGUCAAAUUGGGUCAGGGAUUGUCUACUAGGCCUGAUAUCUGCCCACCUGAGUAUUUGGAGGAGCUCUCUGAGCUUCAAGAUGGUUUGCCAACAUUCCCUGAUGAGCAGGCCUUUGCAUGCAUUGAGAGGGAAUUGGGUCUAUCUCUUGACUCUAUUUUCUCUUCUAUAUCUCCAACGCCUGUAGCAGCAGCCAGUUUGGGUCAAGUUUAUAAGGCCCGGUUGAAGUACUCUGGGAAACUUGUUGCUGUUAAGGUGCAACGCCCUGACAUCGAAGAAGCUAUAGGAUUGGACUUCUACCUAAUUAGAGGUGUAGGGUUUCUCAUAAAUAAAUAUGUAGACGUUAUCACCAGUGAUGUGGUUGCACUUAUUGAUGAAUUUGCGCGUAGAGUCUUUCAAGAGCUAAACUAUGUGCAGGAGGGACAAAAUGCAAGGAGGUUUAAAAAAUUGUAUGCUGACAAGGAAGAUAUCUUUGUUCCUGAUGUUUUCUGGGACUAUACAAGUGCUAAAGUACUGACAAUGGACUGGGUUGAUGGAGUCAAACUAAAUGAGCAAGAAGCAAUUGAGAGACAAGGAUUAAAAGUCUUGGAUCUGGUAAACACAGGCAUACAAUGCAGUCUCCGACAAUUACUUGAGUAUGGAUAUUUCCAUGCAGAUCCUCAUCCUGGGAAUCUAUUAGCAACACCUGAGGGAAAGCUUGCUUUUCUUGAUUUUGGAAUGAUGAGUGAGACUCCAGAAGAAGCAAGAUAUGCCAUAAUUGGUCAUGUUGUUCACUUGGUUAACCGAGACUAUGAGGCUAUGGCUCGUGACUACUAUGCUCUUGAUUUCCUAUCAACUGAUGUUGAUGUAUCUCCAAUUGUACCAGCACUUCGAAACUUUUUUGAUGAUGCGCUUAGCUAUACUGUUAGUGAGCUUAACUUCAAGACACUUGUGGAUGGUCUGGGAAAUGUUUUGUAUCAAUAUCCAUUUAACGUCCCCGCAUACUACGCAUUAAUACUAAGGUCUCUCACCGUUUUAGAAGGUUUAGCACUGUAUGCAGAUCCAAAUUUUAAGGUACUGGCUGCAUCAUACCCGUAUUUUGCUAAAAGGCUCCUAACAGAUCCAAAUCCAUAUCUAAGAGAUGCUCUUAUUGAGUUACUUUUCAAGGAUGGGAAGUUCAGAUGGAAUAGACUUGAAAAUCUGCUAGCCCAGGGGAGAAAGGACAGAGAUUUCUCUGCUAAAGAGGCUUUACAACCUGUCCUGAAGGUAUUGUUGAGUCCAGAUGGUGAAGAGCUGAGGAGUCUAGUUAUAAAAGAGGCUGUUCGUGUAUCUGAAGCUUUUACUCUUGGCACAAUGUCUGAAACAUACCGGUAUAUUCCUGACUUUGUUCGGACCAUUGUCUUUAAUAGCAAUGCAAAUGGACCCCUUAUGCUGUCAGAAACUGAAAUGCAAAGCAUGAUAGAGCUUAGAGAUCAAGUGAUUAGGAUAUGGGGACUUCUUCGAUCCUCAAAUGAUUUUGAUCCUGCUGUUUUGUUACCAAUACUACAGGUCCUUCAGCAGCCUGAGGCACGCAGAUUUGGGGGGCGUGUUGUCGGUGGGAUCACUCAACGCCUAGCAGCGCGGUUUCUUCAGCAAGUACUUCGAGUUCCAACAACAGCUUCUUCAACAUAAAUUGUGUCACUAUCAAUACUAGAUAAGGUUAUUGUCGACAGGGAAGAUAGGAGUUAUUACAAUCCUAACACAAGGAGAUAGAGUUAAGAUAUUGAUUCUUGCAAAAAUUAUUUGAUUCUCUUCUAUGUAUUUUAUGCUGGUUCAUCAUGAUCAGCAUCAAGAAAUCAUAUUGAAAUAAUAGCAAUUGGUAUAUCAUUGCCCUUACAUGUAUAUCUUGCUGUUUUUUUAUUCAAUAUGGCAUGCAUUGAUGUUUCGGU